AUGCUAGUUUUGCUGCUUUCAUUGCCAAUACUCGUGUCAGCUGCGGCGGUGCCGCCAACGACGGCGCAAAUAAUAUUGGAGCUGAAGGAUCUACAGAGCAAGUUGGCUAAGAACCCCUUCCUGAGAUACCUUGGCAUGAGUCAAGUUAUUUCUCAGCUUAUUGUUCAAGGAGAAACCGUCCCCGCCAGCAUCGACUGGUCCCCCUUCGCCUACAACACGCUCCUAAUUCCCACCGACGCCGCGCUUCUCGCAAGCGGCCUUCUCGUUGAGCCGAAAACCCCGGAAGAGGCACUCAACCUUUUUAAAAGCAUCUCCUACAAUAUCAUUAAGGGCAUGAAGCCGUUCUCCCAGUUGAAGGCUCUUGCUGUUGGAAAAUCUGUUACGCUUUUGCUGAACAACGGAAAGUUGUUUAGACAGAAGGUGAAUCCUGGGUGGGGCAUUAAUCAGGGCACUGCCGUGGCGUUCGCGCUCAAGGGGAAGAAUAAAACUCAGUGGUCGAAGAUACUUGACAAAGAUAUACACAAGGGACGCAGCUUCAUUGCUCAUGGGGUUAACCGCCUGCAGACUACGGGUGCUGAAGGUGCUUGA